CCCUUUCCAUACCAUAAAAACCGUUUGCGGACACCGCUAAGCGAUUCCUUUUACUUUCUCUCUCUACACGAACCAACCCAGGAAAAACAAAAAAUAGUUGGAUAUUAAAUUCUCUAAAUUACCUUGAAAUUGCUAUUUCAUACCAUUUUCAACCUCUUUCUCUAUUGGUUUUUUCCCCUCCGGAUUACUGCAGUGAAUUUUUGUGUGUGGGUAUAAGGACAAAUGAUUGUUGAGAUCUCUACUUUCUCUGAGUGUUGCUAGGAUCAAAGAUGAUGAUGUUUCUCAGAGAAUGGUUGCAUGUGAUAUUUCAGGAACUGAUGUCGCCACUGCUACUUUUGGCUCAAUCAGCAUAGCCGAGGUGUCUUUACAUUAGAAGAAUGAUAAAAGUAAAAAAGACUAUAAAAGUUGUUGAUGCUUUAGAAAGUAAAUAUCCAACAACAAGUGUAUCGCCUGUCGGAGGAGGAGUGGAUGCUAAGCUAAGUUAAGCCAGAAUCAGGCUACAACAAGAAGUGGCAGGAGAAGAACAGUUAAGAAAGCAUCUCCAGAUUUCAAUUUCUUGCAAAUUACAAGAAAAUUAAGCUAUUGCAGUAAGCACGCCCGUUCAUCAAUUUGAAUUUUGGGGUUUGCUGGGAAAUAUGGUGCAAGCUGUUGAGCACAACAGCGCACUCGAGAUAGCUCAAAGUGAGCACAUAAAAUCAAAAACAACAAAGAAUGGUCAGGAAAAGGAGAAGCAGGGUAAGAAUCACACUGGUCAAAACUCGCGGAAAUCAAAGGGAAAAAUCUCCAUUCCUACAGGCCCCAUCACCUUGAAAGUUAAAUUUGGUUCACGUUGCCUGAUGGAUAUUGUUCCUCUUAUUGAUGAUCACACUGACAAACAGUGCACUAUGGGAAAAGAGCUCAAUGGAUCGUCAAAUGUUGCCAGGAAUUUUGAUGAUCAGCUGAAGGGAGAGUUGCCCAGUCGGCAGUUCGGCAGGUGCAAUGGGAAUUUGGAUAAUGUGUAUGUUUCUGUAUCAGACAUAUGCCAAUCAGGAAAGAAGAUCAAUCAAAAUCCAGCGGACAAACUCUUGGACUUUCACAAUGACUCAUUUUCUGAGGAGGGGACAUCAAUUGAUAACAGGUGCUCAGAUGCUGGAACUUCACCUGACUCAGAAGUUAUCAACCUGGUUCCGGAUGCUCAAAUAAAUGAGAGAGGCCGAGAAGAGUUGAAUGAUUUAAUUAUGCCUAAGCCAUCUGUUGCUCCUGGUGAUGUUCUGAGUUUGCGUGUGUAUGGCAGGAGCAAGAAAGGAAGGAAAAAAGAUAGUCUCCCAAAGUUAGCCAGUUCUGGUGUGAAGGAUCUGCUUAGUCCAGAUAGUAUGAGCAGUUCUCAAAUAUUUGGGCAACUCAUCCAAGGAGAAAAAGUACAAGGGGGAUCUUGUUGUUCUGAUACUUCUGCUCUGACACCAGGGCGGAUUGGCUUAGGCAACAUAUCGAGCACUGAGAUUGUUUCAGGAGAACUGUUACCUUGUUCAGGAGUGUCAGACUUAACUAUCUCCUGUGCUACUUCAAAGUCUGAAAGUGGCAUAGAUGGUAAUAUUUGCUCUAGCCUUGGUACCGUGUCACCAGAGACUGAGUUGUCUGAGAAAAAAGUAUCCUCUCAUGAUGGACAAAAUGUUCCCAAAGGUGAAAGAUCAGAUGUAUCUGGCAAAGGCCUGUCACAAGUCCCGAACCCGAAGUCAUCCAAAAGUAGAGGAAGUGCUUCUAAAAAGAAGGGAAACAAAGAAAAACAAGAUAAUAAGCUUGAAGUGAAACAUGAGAGUGACCAUGUCACGAGUUUAUGUGAGGUGAAACACCACCAAGAAACAGAAAACGAAGCACCAUACGGGUUUGGAGAAGUUGGAUCGAGAUAUAAAACCUUAAAUGGAGGCAUUUCAGACUUGGACAUUACACGGGGUGUGGUGAGUCAGCCUCGUUUUCAACCAAGAAAUGCCUGGGUGCAGUGUGAUGAUUGCCUGAAGUGGAGACGUAUAGCUUCCGAACUUGCUGAUCAAAUUGAUGAAACAAACUGCAAAUGGACUUGUAAGGAUAACUUGGAUAGAAACUUUGCUGAUUGCUCGAUUGCACAAGAAAAAUCAAAUUCAGAAAUUAAUGCUGAGCUGGAAAUAUCGGAUGCCUCUGGUGAGGAAGAUGCCCUCAGUAGACGCUUGAAUUCAAAUCAAUCAGGACAGAAGAAGGCACUUGUUGCCCAUCAAUCAUCUUGGACUCUGAUCAGGAGAAACUUAUUCCUGCAUCGUAGCCGCAAAAGUCAAACUAUUGAUGAGAUCAUGGUCUGCCAUUGCAACCCUCCUUCACAUGGCCGAAUGGGCUGCGGAGAUGGAUGCCUGAAUCGGAUGCUCAACGUUGAGUGUGUUCGAGGGUCUUGUCCAUGUGGAGAGCGCUGUUCGAAUCAGCAGUUUCAGAAGCGUAAGUAUGCUAAAUUGAAGUGCUUCAAAUGUGGAAAGAAGGGUUAUGGCCUGCAGCUGCUUGAGGAUGUCUCCGAAGGGCAGUUUCUUAUAGAAUAUGUUGGGGAGGUCCUGGAUCUGCAUGCGCACGAGGCAAGACAAAAGGAGUAUGCCCUGAAGGGUCAUAAGCAUUUUUACUUUAUGACACUUAAUGGCAGUGAG